AUGAUUAAGCUAGGAAAAUCCACUGUCACAUCUGAAGAGAAGGCAGAGACGUACACUUCUGCAGAAUCAGCGCCAUUAGAUACUGAAGUCAAGUCGUCCCAUGAGGACGAUGUUGCCGCGCCUUCAAUAUCGUCAUCAAAGCCAGGUUUUGAUAUACCUAACGGGGGAGUGGUCGCUUGGUUGCAAGUCGCCGGGUCAUUCUUUCUGAUUUUUAACUCAUGGGGAAUCGCGAAUACCUACGGCGUAUAUCAAACCUUCUAUGAAGAGAAUAUUCUAUCUAGCAUGGCGCCAUCCGCUAUUUCCUGGAUAGGAUCGAUACAGGGUUUUCUUCUUCUCAUGUUUGGCGUUCUUACUGGACCAAUAUUCGACAUGGGAUAUUUUUACUCGCUGCUCGCGGCUGGGACAUUCUUAAUCGUCUUCGGGAUGAUGAUGACAAGUCUAUCCACGCAGUACUAUCAAGUUCUACUUUCCCAAGGAAUUUGCGUGGGUCUAGGUAGUGGCUGUCUGUUCGUCCCGAGCGUGGCCAUUGUUGCGAUGUAUUUCAGCAAGCGACGAGCAUUCGCGAUCGGCAUUGCUGCUAGCGGAAGCAGUAUUGGAGGUGUCAUCUACCCAGCCAUUUUUCACCAGCUGCAGCCUAAGGUCGGCUUUGGCUGGGCCACCCGUGUGAUCGGGUUUGUCGCUCUCGGAACUCAGAUUUUUGCCCUCGCCGUCAUGCGGCGGCGCAGCGGGCCCACCGCCCCACGACAGAUCAUUGACAAGACUGCAUGGCGGGAGGCCCCCUACGUCCUCUUCGCGCUUGCGACAUUCUUUGCCUUCAUGGGUCUCUACAUCCCCUUUUUCAAUAUCAGCACAUUCGCCGAGGGAAAAACUGGCGCGUCCGUCGAGCUAGCGUUCUACUCCGUCCCAAUCAUCAGCGCGGCAUCGACAUUUGGGCGCAUUCUCCCUGGUCUCAUUGCGGAUCGCGUGGGCCCGCUGAACAUGCUUGCACCAUCCUCUGUGGCUUCAGCCAUCCUCGUAUUCUCGUGGGCGGCAGUGCACAACGUAGGUGGACUCGUCACGUUUGCAUUGUUAUAUGGCCUCGCCUCGGGGGCAAUUGUAUCGCUGGCACCAUCCGUUGUCGCAACUCUCACACCAGAUCUCCGUCGCUUAGGCGGGCGGAUUGGCAUGCAGUUUAGCAUUGCAGGUCUAGGAUUGCUGAUCGGAAACCCGAUCGCGGGGGCCAUCGAAAAUGUGCAAGAACGAGAAUACUUGGGGGCGCAGAUGUUCUGCGGUGCUAUUUUAAUGGCAUCUACUAUAGCAACAAUUGGAGCUCGAAUCGCAAAGACGGGGCCUCGGUUGAUGGUGAAAGCAUAG